GCAUUAGAUGAGUUUUUUUCCUUCUUUCCUUAAAGAUAAAACAAGUUUUCGCUUUCAUGUUUGUCUCCUUUUGUUUGUUUGGUUUUGUUUUGCGAAUAGAAGGUGGGUUUUAGAACUACUGUCAGAUCGUUUUAAAUGAAUAAAAAAGAAGAUGAGUUUUGUCCACGAUAGAUAAUGCUCGGACGAAUAUAUCAAGCGAGCGAGAGUGGGAUUGCAUAUGUUUAACGUUGGUUCGUUGGCGAACGCAGUUAACCCGAUCGGCAAGAUAAGUCGUUUAAAUAAGACCAUCCGACACGGCACCGAUCAGCAACAGUUCUCUGCCAGAAGUUGAGUAACGCGGUUAAAAUCGAAACGCGCAGACGGAAGUCCAACCGUACCGGGGCGCAGUGUCGAUUGAGCACGACGGGCAGAAGGAUAUCUGCAGCGAAAUUCAGAAAAGCAUACUACGAACUAUCGCGAAACAAGUUCCUAUUCGAGUAUCAGCUCAAGUGACGUGUCGCACCAAGUCGAUUUUAGAGUGGAAUAUACGAAUAAAAAGUAGAACAAGCUGUGAUCAAUAGUGAUGUUUGUGGCGUUAAGUGUACAUUGAUCUACAUGGUGUAAUACAACAUUUGAGUUUUUGUUUUGUGAUAAUUUAUCAAAAUGAUAAAAUAUUUAGUGUUGAUGUCAACAGUGGUUGUGCUAGUGAAAGCACUUCACUACGGUGACCAGGGUAUCGACGUGAAGAUCGCCGUGGAGAAGAACUCCAACUCGUACUUGAGCGGACGACUACCACAAGGAUCGUUCGUGUAUGGACUCAACGUGGAGAAGAAACAGGAUAAUCAUUUCCAGCACAAAGUCAAGGAUGCGGAUGAUGUGACGUACGGUUGCUAUGGGUUCGUCGAUCCGGACGGUAAGCCUCAUCUCGUACACUAUGUAUCGGAUCUUAAAGGAUAUCGUGUCGUGCCUCCGAAUACCACCACCAAGAUCUACAUCUCGCGUCUCGAGGGUAGCAUCAACAAUCUCUAUAAAGCAUCGCAAGAAAAGAACGUCGAGUGGAAGGAUCUGUUCUUUCCACCAGCCUGUAAACAAGCGUUGACGGAUAAUGAUGUACUGAUAUCCUUACAACCUACCCCACCGACACCGCCAACACCGUCACCGCCAACUCGGAAUCCGCCAAAUCGGCCAUCACCUCCCCCACCAAUAGAACCGCCAACACCUUCCCCACCGGAAACACCUUCCCCACCACCAACACCUUCCCCACCGCCAACACCUUCCCCACCGAAAACACCUUCCCCACCGCCAACACCUUCCCCACCGAAAACACCUUCCCCACCGAAAACACCUUCCCCACCACCAACACCUUCCCCACCGGAAACACCUUCCCCACCGAAAACACCUUCCCCACCGAAAACACCUUUCAAACCACCAACACCGUCACCGCCAAUUCGGAAACCGCCAAAUUGGCCAACACCUUCUCCACCGGUAACACCGUCACCGCCAUCUCCGUUACCGCCAAAUCCGCCAACACCACCAACACCGCCACCACCAAACACUAAAGAGCCCAGGGUUCCCGAGUCUUCUAUUAAGUGUAAAACGGUUGUACCACCUCCAUCCAAUGCGACCUGCUCAAAAGUGUGCGAUGAGCUGAAGGACGAACUGAAGGCCAUUAAGGAUCAGUUGAAGACAUUGCUCGAUACACUGGCGCAGAAGCCGAAGAAUGGGUCAGGUGGUAAUGGAACCAAGUUUGCCUAUUUCCCGGUGAUGCUAAGCGAUGGACUACCGGACGGUGUGGAUGCAAGUUCGUCCAAGUUUGUGUUCCCGACAGUUCCGCAACAGUGCGGCAAGUAAGUCAGUAAGAUGACGAAAGGCAUAAAGCCUAUGUGAAAUCGAAUAAAAUGCUCAUGUGGUUUAACGAUUAGCUGCACCCGGCGUGCUUUGUAAAAUUUUCGACAAUAAAAAGGACAUACAUUUUAGAGCAUUUGUC